CUGACGUCAUCAGCGCGGCGGCGGAAGCGCGAGAGCGGCGGCGGCUCCGGCGUCGCCAUGACCAGUGACCUGGACAUCUUCGUGGGCAACACGACCCUGAUCGAUGAGGAGGUUCUGCAGCUGUGGCUCGAUGGGCACUCGGUGUCAGAGGCAGUCGCUCGGCGCCUGCGGGGGGGGCUCCUGGACCACACGGGCUCCUCGGUUCAGGUGCUGCAGAGUGACACCCGCGACCACUUCCGCACGUUCCAGAUGCUGGAGCGGCUGCUCCAUGCACCCCCCCGGCUGCUGCAGCAGCUGCUGUUCCAGAUCCCCCCCCCGCGGCAGGCGCUGCUCGUCCAGCGGUAUUAUGCCUUCGACGAGGCCCUGGCGCGGGAGCUGCUGGGUAAGAAGCUGUCCAAGGGGACCCGGAAGGACUUGGACGAGGUCAGCGCCAGGGUCGGGGUCUCCAUCAAGAGCUGCCGCCGACAGUUUGACAACUUCCGGCGGGUGUUCAAGGCAGUGGAAGAGCUUCGGGGGCCUCUGGCCGAGAACAUCCAACAGCUGUUCCUGCUGCCCCCCCCGAUGGCGAGGGACUACGCCGCCAUCGUGUUCUUCGCCUUCAGCCGGUUCGAGACUGGCAAGAGACGACUUCAGUUCCUGAGCUUCGGGGACCUGGCGGCUUGUGCACAGGAACUGAUGGACAGAUGGACACUGGGGGCGCUUGCACCGGAGGCGGCGGAGCCGGACGGGGACGUCCCCAAAUCCUUCCUGCAGGACCUGAAGGAGCUGAAGGUGUUGGUGGGAGACAAGGACCUGCUGGACAUGCACAAGAGUCUCGUGUGCACAGCACUGAGGGGGAAGAUCUCAGUUUACAAUGAGAUGGAGGCGAACUUCAAGCCUCUCUCUCGGGCUCUGGUGAACGUGGGGGCGAAGCUGACACAUGCUCGGGACGUGAGGGACUUCUUUGUGGACCUGGUGGAGAAGGUGAUCGAGCCCUGCCGUGCGGACAAAUGGACCCCUGGUGACCUGCGCCUGUUCCUGACCCAAUACACAGCAACCCCACGGGCGCUGCCGGGAUUCCGGCACCAGGCUCUAUGGGAGCGGUACAUGGCUGCCAUCAGCGCCUGCCUCCUGCGCAUGUACCACGACUGAACCCCCAAACCGGGGGGGGACACCCCAAAUCCCAGCGUAUGGGAAUGGGGGGUCCCGGAGCUGCACCCCCCCCCCCCAUUCAGGACAUGGACACCCCCAAAUCCUCGUAUGGCAAUCGAGCUCCCCCCCCACCACCUCCAAUCUGGGGGUCCCCCCCCCCCGAGACCCCCAUAUGUGGGGGGGGACCCCAUAAUUGUAAUGGGAAUAAAGCGCUAUUGAACAUUAAA